ACUAAAAUAUGAUGGUAGUUCGUUUAAGCUGCCCUGUGCUUGGCUUAUGACCUGUUUUAAAGAACUCUACCCAUGUUUACCUGAUAUAUCUGUUAUAUUGCUCUUUUUAAGGUACUGUCCCGAGGUAUACAUUGGUAGCAGGGGCCACCAAAUCAAAAGCUGCCAUGGCUUCAAGCGUAUCAAGAAGGACCGGGAGCAUAGAUGGAUCGACGCCACUGUUAAUGACAUCCUUAGCCCCGUUACCUUCCACCUCCAAACCAUGUUCCAGCCAACGAUAAGCCACGACCAGCGUUUUGACUUCGAUCGCAUCCCUGCAGUCCUCGAACUCUGUUUCCAAGCCGGAGCCAAAGUUUCAGAUGAAACCUCUUACAACCUAACACUAGAUACAAAAGAAUUGUAUCAGAUUGGUCAAGAGACUCUGGAUGCAUGGGAAAAAGUUAGGGAUGGAGUUCAGAAGCUCCUGUUUGUGUACCCAGCCAAAGUUUGUGAGCACUGCUCAGAGGUUCACAUUGGGCCCUCAGGUAAUAAAGUUCGCGCUUGUGGGGUUUUUAGGUAUGAGGGGUGGCGUGGGGCCCACCUGUGGAGGAAGGCGGGGGUGGAUGAUUUGGUGCCUCUGAAGGUUGUGUGGCACCGACGGCCUCAUGAUCCUGAGGUGCUUGGGGAUGCUGGACGGGGGUAUUAUGGUCAUUCCCCGGCUGUGGUGGAGCUAUGUAUGCAGGCUGGUGCUAGAGUGCCAAAGAAGUACUUCUGUAUGAUGAAGCUG